GCUCACGGCCUCUAAUGUGGGUACUGCACAUAGAUGAUCUUUAACACUGCAUGUAGUAGGUGCUCGUUAGGGUAUUCUUCCCCAGUCACCUUACACUACUUAAAAAAUUUGGAAAAUGAAGCUCAAACCCAUAAGGGGACCAAAAAUUACUUCAGCCAAAAGGUGAUGUAAAGUAAAUGAAUGAACAAUCUGAGGAGAACACACAGAAUUGCCAGAUUGAGAUCAAAGGCUGCCACCAUGAGAAAGAGAGUAAGAGAAGGAAAGAUAGUCAGAGAUGAGAGGCUGCAGCAGGGGAAUAGGAGUGAGUGCUGCAACAGUUUGGGGUCCAAUGAUCAUCAUGCACAUACCCACAAAACAGUCUCCGAAUGUUCCAGCGUAACGUCAAGCGUCGGCCAGGAAUGUUACAGCAGACAGGGCUGUGAGGCAACGACAGCCAAUAGUACGCUCACAGACCUCUCUCUAGGAUGACACCCAGACAGGAGCGGCCUCUACACGAAGAGAAUAUAAGCACAGUGCCGCCUAGCCGCCGCCACGUUGAAGUCGAGUCAACCUAAGAACACUACAGCAGUGACUUAGAAACUGUACUGGUUCACUUGUAUUACGAAUUGUAUAUACUGAAGAGCUUGCUUAUGUUUGCCUGUCGUCCCUUGCUUGUGACACAUCUAUAUCUCACAAAGUUAAGUAUUGAAAUCAUUUCCUUUUGUAAUAAACUCCACUAAUAUGAUUUGUUUGAAUUGCUGUUUAGCAAUCCGAGAAAGCUGCUUUCCUAGGCACCCUAUACUAGAUGAGUGGGUAGAACACAACACUGGUGACGAGGUGUACCACAAACCACGAGCUGACAGCCAUCACUGCUAUCUUGUUUUGACUUUUCGUGGGCUAUUGUUUUGCUGGAGCCUUAAUUUUCUCUUGUCUUUUCUUUGCUUUAACAGUUUCUUAUCAUGUUUUUGCUAAUCAGUGUUUUCAGGUGGGCAUUGCAAAAAUUUUCUUUGCUUCUGUACUUAUUUUUCCUGUCUGUUUAUCGCAUUUAUCUCUUCCAACAUGCCCACCCCACCUAUCCCACCCCUUGCUCAGGCACCACAGCUGCAAGUGUUAGAUGCAACACAGCUAUUGCAGAUGUUUAAGUUCCAGACCCAGAAAAUAUCCUCGCUGCUACACACGGUACAGGACCUCCUGGCGAACCAAACUACUAAUGCAGCACAAGCAACACCUACAGCAGCUCCAAGUGCUGCACCGUCUUUCCAACAGUUUCAUGAACAAGAAGAGGAAUGGCUCGAGUGGUUGCAACAGUUUGAAGCUCACAUACUUGCUCACAACAUGCCAGAUUCAUGGAUCCCGAGACAGCGCGACCGCAGCAGCUGCCAGAGGGUGUCAUCACAACACUGCGGGAUGAUGCCAUGGUGACAAGAGCCUUCGCCUCCUAUUGUCCUACCGGUGGAGCUGGACCCGCCCAUGCCACAGCAACCAACACCUUUGACAUCUUGCUAUUUGUCUCAGGAAGUGGACACAUACUCUUCUGGUCCUUUUCCAGGGGAUGUUUCCACCAGAGCGAAGGCCAGAUAGCGUGGUACGACUGGAAGCCUCAUGUCCCCUGCAGCCACAGCUUCUGGUACACUGCAGCAUCCACACUCCUGCCUCCCCCAUCAUUGUCGUGCUCCCUACACAACAACAGUCCAUCGCUUUGGGGGAGAGGAAUGUUCGGGCUUAACGUCAAGUGCCAGCACGUUGGCCAGGAACAUUACAGCAAAGAGGGCUGUGAGACGAUGACAGCCAAUAUACAGCAGUGACUUAGAAACUGUACUUGUAUUUCGAAUUGUGUGUGUUGAAGAGCUUGCUUAUGUUUGUCUGUUGCCCCUUGCUUGUGACACAUCUAUAACUCCAUUAAUACGAUUUGCUUGAAUUGUUGUCAAGCAAUCUGAGAAAGCAGCUUUCCUAGGCACUCUAUAUUAGACGAGUGGGCAGAAUACAACACUGAGUCCCCUUAAGGUUUUACCGAUCAGUCUUCGAGUAGUUCUAAAGACACUAUGCAUGGCAAAAUAUUUUAAAAUAAAUUAUUCUAUUCGCAAUGUCAUCCUACACAUCAAAUGUAAGAUACUUGUGGUUCGGCAAACAGAAUUUGAAAUGGAGACCAUGAGAGGAACUGGCUAAGUUUCUGUUCUUUUAUUUUUCACUCUUCAGUGUGAACUUAUUUCCUAAGAAAAUUAUGUGCACAAAAGAUAUGUAAAAUGCUGAUUUCAA